UUAUUCUUGGACCAUAUGAUCGAUGAUCGUUGUCGAUCGUCGUAUUUCAUCAUCCAUUCCUCGAGAUUGUGUCGAGUCGUGCGAGUUAAUCAUGACAUCAAUCGUUAUACCGGCUGCAGUGCAAUUUAGUCGCCUGACAAUUGAUAAUUUAUAUCAAAUAAAUAAAAGAGGUUUACACAGGUAUAACAUUGUUAUUUUUUGUUGGCGCGAAUUGUGACUGAAUGCUCGUUGCGGUAUCGCACAUAUUGAGGUUGCCACAAAUAUCUUCCACAUUUUCUUGGCAAAGACAAUAUUAUGGUACAAUAACAGAGGAGAAAAAAUCAGAUGCUGCUAAUAUACCUCCAGAGCAAGAAGCUACAGAAAAAAUUAAAACAGAACUUGAACUCAUCAACAAAGAGCUCGCUGAACUUAAAGAAUCUAAAGAUGCACUUGAAGAUAAAUAUAAGAGGGCAUUGGCUGAAGGAGAAAAUAUCCGAGUUAGACUUACCAAACAGAUUAAUGAUGCCAAGCUUUUCGGUAUCCAAAGUUUUUGUAAAGAUCUUUUAGAUGUAGCAGAUAUAUUGGGAAAAGCUACCGAGAGUGUACCAAAGGCUGAAAUAACAGAAAAGAAUCCACAUUUAAAAAGCUUAUAUGAAGGAUUAAUUAUGACAGAAGCCCAAUUACAUAAAGUUUUCAAGAAACAUGGCCUAAUUUCAUUAAAUCCAAUAAAUGAAAAAUUUAAUCCUAAUGAACAUGAAGCAUUAUUUCAACAAGAGGUUGAGGGCAAAGAGCCUGGAACAAUUGUAGUUGUAUCAAAAAUAGGAUACAAAUUGUACGAAAGGAUAGUAAGACCAGCAUUAGUAGGUGUCGCUAAAGGAUAACUAUUUAACUAAAGGUUUUGGAUUGAUGUAGCUGUAAAAUUUUGCUGUUUCACGACAGAUAUUCUGAAAACACAUUUGUUCCUUUCUCCAAUCAACUUCAGUUGCUAAUCGCAUUAUAUACAAUGGAAUUUCUGCUUCGUAUGGAAAAUAUUUAUCUGAAAUAUUAUAAAUAGCAUAUACAAUUUAUUUUUCUGGGAUUAUUUGAGAAUAUAAUGUUAUCUGAUACUAAUCAAAAAUAAAUUGGAAAAAAGGCAAAUAA